GCGAGGCAUCACUGUGAAAGAGCAGUGCACACUAAACAAAAUGGGUGACAGCAGCUGUGAAGAGAGUGUGGCUGGUGGCACAAUGAGGAGAAUUCAAGAGCGUGUUUUAGGCCCAAGCAAGACAGGCAUUUCUAGCUCAACUGUUGACAUAUGGCUUCUUGGUGUGUUAUAUAAAAUUUCACAGGAUGAAUCCUCUGGGGAAGCAGCUGCUGGCAAUGGAUUACUAGCAUUCAAACAAGAUUUUUCAUCACGCAUACUGAUAACAUAUCGUAAAGGCUUUGAUCCUAUUGGAGAUUCAAAGUUUACCAGUGAUGUAAACUGGGGUUGCAUGCUUAGAAGCAGCCAAAUGCUUAUUGCUCAGGCAUUAAUUUGUCAUAAGCUGGGGAGGUGCUGGAGAAAAUCUGUCCCCAAGCCUUUGGAACAAGAAUAUCUGGAAAUCCUGCAACUGUUUGGUGAUUCCGAGGCAUCUGCAUUUUCUCUCCACAAUCUUAUUGUUGCUGGGAGGACUUAUGGUCUAGCUGCUGGGUCGUGGAUAGGCCCAUAUGCCACAUGUUGUGCAUGGGAGUCUCUAGCCCGCAGUAAGAAAGAGGAAAGUAACCUUGAACAUCAGUCCCUUCCAAUGGCUGUUUAUAUAGUUUCUGGUUGUGAAAAUGGGGAGCGAGGUGGGGCUCCAGUUGUCUGCAUUGAAGAUGCUUCGAGACAUUGUUUGGAGUUUUCAAAAGGUCAAGCUGACUGGACACCAAUUCUUCUACUGGUUCCUUUGGUUCUUGGGCUUGAAAAAGUAAAUCCCAGAUAUAUUCCAUCUUUGUGGGCAACAUUCACCUUCCCUCAGAGUCUUGGCAUAUUGGGUGGGAAACCCGGUGCCUCAACUUACAUUGUUGGUGUGCAAGGAGAUAACGUUUACUACCUUGAUCCACAUGUAGUUCAGCCGGUAGUUAAAGUCAGCAAAGAUAAUCUAGAUGUGGAUACUUCGUCUUAUCACUGCGAUGUUAUACGUCACAUUUCUUUGGAGUCAAUAGAUCCAUCUUUGGCAAUUGGAUUUUACUGCCGAGACAAAGAUGAUUUUGAUGAUUUUUGUUCCCGGGCAUCUAAACUAGCGAAGGAAUCAAAUGGUGCUCCAUUGUUUACUGUGGUUCAACACCAUAGUUCUUCCAAACCAGUUAACUACAACAAUAUCUUGGGCGGUAGCAGCAGAGUUGGCGAGGAUGAUUCCUCAGAUGCCAUGCCCGUAAUUGACGCAGAGGGCUGUGAGCACGAGGAUGACUGGCAACUCCUUUGAUCGGAACUCAUUUGACAGGUUACAAAGGCUAGCGGUUGCAGGUGAAGGUCGUAUGCUAGACUUAAUGUUGCCGUAUCCGAUGACUGACUCCACGUUAAGCUCCUCGCUAGCAGAACCUUGGAUAACGAGUUCCAGCAAGUCGUGAUCCUUAUCGUUUUGCAUUUGUUGAAUUUGAUAUUUGUAGAUCACAUUGAAUUAAAAUGAUUCUUUCUUUAAAAAUUAUUUUCAAGGUGUUCAUAAGCAGCCCGACGUUGAUGUUGUAAGAUUAAUACAGGUUUUCCACACUGCAGUUUUCUUUUCUCGAGGCUUACCCUUCACAAGUACUAAGUUCCUGUUAUAUAAAA